AGUCAUUAUAUAUCUACACACAGACAGAUCAGUCUCCUCAAAGACUAAGAUGAUUGUCUUGCUGGUAACAUGCCUUGCUGCCAUUCUGUGCCCCACUGCUCACAGUUCAGACUCUGCAGUGGCAUGGUGCUAUCACGAGCCAGCCUGCAAUUUUACCACGUGGCCAAAAAUUGUCUCAGAUUUCUGCAGUGGAUCAAAGCAAUCUCCUAUUGAUAUUGUGACUGCAAAAGUUCAGGCAAAUUCCAACCUGACCUCAUUCAACUUUACUGGUUUUGGUGACAACACAACCUUCUUGGCAAUUACAAACAGUGGCGAUUCUGUGGUGGUCAAACUGGAUGAUAGUACAAUGACAGUGGACGGAGGCAAUCUUCCUGGUAUGUACAACUCUGUACAAUUCCAUCUCCACUGGGGUAACGGCAGCUCCGCACCUGGCUCUGAGCACACUGUGGAUGGCAAACAGUUCCCAAUGGAGCUGCACAUUGUGAACGUUCAUUCAAAGUACAACGGGAAUGUCAGUUCGGCAAUAGCUUCUAAUGACACAACAGGAUUGGCUGUUCUUAGUUUCUUCAUUGAGGGAACCAAUGACACAAGCAACACAAAAAGCUGGAAAACCCUAACAUCAUAUUUGUCAAACGUCACCAAUGCAGGCGAUACAACAACAGACAUCAUGAAUCAAAUUACAAUGGACAGUCUGCUUGGAAAUGUGGACAGGACAAAAUAUUACCGUUACCAAGGCUCCCUUACCACGCCCAGCUGUAAUGAAGUUGUGAUCUGGACUGUGUUUAAAGACACCAUCAAAGUCAGCCAUGAGUUGAUCAGUCUCUUUAGUACAACUGUCUAUUUCAAGAAAACAAGCCUGCCAGUUCAGAUUACAAACAACUUCAGAGGUGUUCAGUCUGUGAAUGGCAGAGUUGUGACAUCACAGGUGGCAGGAACCGUGACCUCUACAGUACCUUCAUCAGCAGCCGCAACUAAUUUCUGUAUAAUCACAGUACUUCUCUUUUCCAGUUCGUCCUGGCUGUAAAAACUAGGGUUUAACAAUUAGAGUAAUAAAGUAUAUUCUUAGCAUAAUAGUUCCCCCGAAAACGAACAUUCAUUAUUUACGCACUCUCACAUUGUUUCAAACCCAUAUGACUUUCUUCUGUGGAACACAAAAGCAGUUGUUUAAGUCUAAGUCACCAUUAACUUUCACUGCAUCUUUUUUUUUACAUCCAAUAAAAGUGAAUGGUCAUUCUGCAUAACAUCUCCUUUUGUGUUCCACAGCAGUAAGUAAGUCAUACAGGUUUUCCAAACAACAUGAGAGCGAGUAAAUGAUGACCAAAUUUUCUGUCUUUUUUAACAUUAUGAUCUAAUUUAAUUUAAUUAUCUUGUGAAUAAUGUGUUAACUUUAACAUGUUUAAUGAUGGUUGAUGUCUUCCAUAAUAUGUAAAUGUUUUGCGAAUCAACUUACUUUUAUUUGUUAAUGAUACUUGACUGUUCCUGUUUCUAGGUUUUGAAAUCUUAAACAUAUUCUGGAGUUAAGAUGGUAUAUAUGAAGCUUAUGAUGUAUUUGCUCUCUCUCUCUCUCUCUCUCUCUCUCUCUCUCUCUCUCUCUCACUCUCUCUCUCAAUUACUUUAUUGGCAUGACUGUAUGUUACAAUGUUGCCAAAGCACAAGUUAUAAUCAAACAGAUUAGAAACAAGUGUAUAACA